ACGCACACACAGAUUUACAUGGUACCACCACUAGAAAGCACACUACUGAGGCUGAUUUUGCACUACUGACUGGAAAAGCAGGAUGGAUUCUUUCAUCGAGCUUUGACUGUGAAGUACAUGAACGACGCAGCUGGUGCAGUAGUGCAGACGAUGUGACAAGGCUAAACUUUUGAUGCUACAGAGAACUAGCGAACAGCAUCAAAAUCAUUUACACUUUUCUAAGCAACACAGAGGACAAAAACAAAGCAAAUGGAGACAAGCACGAUACAUCCAAACACUCCAACACUCAGAUCAGAAGAUGAAGACGCACUGGCAUCCCAGGUCCUGGAAAUCGUUGGUGGGAUUACUCUCGAGGCCUUAAAGACUCAGGAGGAGCCUGAUGAGAGAGAUGUGUGGUCAAUGGAGGAGGGAGAUGACUCUGUGUUUUACAGUGAUGAGGAGCAGCCUCACCAGGGCAAAAAGGACAGCACAUCAUCUGAUUUUGGUGCCAACAAGUGCAAACAGCGAGUCAACAGUGAGGUAGCUGUUGAGCCUAACCAGCAGAGGGUGGAUGAUCCAGGAGAAGAAAUCAUUAUUAACAAAGAGAAUUCAGAGAUGGAGAUGAGAACAAGCCAGCAGGUCAUUUGGACUGAAGAGGAAUGCCAAAAGCUCCGGACACCACAAACUGAACAAAUGCAUUCAUCAAACCCCAGAAAACCAGACCCAGAGUCUGCUCUAACUCCAGAAAACUUAUUGAGAACUUGUGGAGAACUUCUGCAAUCAACCUGCACAACUGUGGACAUGCAAACACAAUCUGAGCAACAAAUAUCAGCAGAACUAGCAAAUCGACAAAGUAAGGAGAAAGAAGUGACGCUAGAGGCUCAGACAUCAAACCCCAACCCCUUUGAAGUACUUAAUGAGAGUUAUAUGAGGGUGAACAGGGAGGCAAAAGUCCCAAAACAGCUGUCCAGUGCUGAACGCCAGAUAUCAGGCGACAGGCAGCCUGAGGUGGAUCGGAAAGUUGAGCGGGAGCAUGGCUUUAACGCUGGAUUUCAUCAAAAACCCAGCCCAGGUUCCUUCACCCUGCCUCUGUUGAAGAAACCUGGCAGCAGCACCACUCAGCAGAGCCCCUUCGACCACCUCACUUCUUCCAAAUACAGCACUGUGUCCUAUCGCAGGAUCCGCAGAGGCAACACGAGCCAGAAGAUAAAGGAGUUUGAGUACAUGAUGAAUAAGUAGGUUUCAUGGUCCUGUUUGUAGGUGUAACUCACAAAACAUCUGUCAUCUGUGCACAGUUUACACAUUUGUUUGUUCUAAAAUCAACCUGUCAAAUCUCUGAUGUAUCUUCCAGGGUCACAGAAACCUCACAUACAAUACAUCAAGGUUUGUGUGUAUUUGUAUUGUAUUUCACAUCUAAGAGGUACCUGAUACUUUUAAUUUGAUGAUUUUGGAAUGAAAACAUCUUAUUUAACCCUCGUGUCGUCCUGCGGGUCAAACUUAACCCGUUUUAAAGUUUGAAAAUACGGAAAAAUAAGAUAUUUUCACAGUGAAACUUCUGAUAUCCACAUUUUCAACAUUUUUGGAAAUCUUUGAACAUUUUUUGAUGGAAAAAAAAUGUUAAAAAUGUUCCUUAAAAACAUUCACAAAAGAAAAAUCAACCAAAAUCCAGCAAAAUUCACUGGAUUUUGGUUGAUUUUCUUGUAAAUGUUCUUAAAGAAAAUGUUAGAAGUUUUACUGAUAUAUAUGCAAUCACUUUAGAUAUUUUUAGGAUUUUUUGGGAAUAUUUUGACUCAUUUUUUUGAAAAUAUUUACAAGAAUUUUCUUGUUUUUGUUUUUUUUAAAUAAAACUUUAAAAGAAUUAUUGGAAUUUUCUUCCUAAGGGUUUUGCAAAUUUUCAGAAAUUUGGGGAAUUUUUUUGCUGAAUUUUUGGAUUUUUUUCAAACAAGGAAACAAUAUUUUUUGGUGCCCGUAAAUGGGAACAACAGGAGGGUUUAAAGGUGCAGCAGAGUAAGCAAAUGUGAAGCUCAAAGCUUUGUAAUGUUAUUUGCUAUAAUAACUAUGAUGUUGUUUGGUAUUAGAGCUUCAGUAGCUUAACCUCUGGAUAGACUAUAAGUGGUUAAACUAUUAGGGUUAAGUAUUUGCAAGAGAUUAUCUUAACAUGCACACUUACAAUACCAAAUAAGUAGUUGAGGAAAAACAAUAAACAAAUCAAUGGUAUUAAAUCA